AUGUCUGAUCACAGCUUGCUAGACAAUGUCCGAUUGUGGCCACAGAAAUACAACGAAAUAAAGAAAUCUGAAUGGCUUAUGGAUUAUAAAAAAGAAACACUACAUGAUUGUUUGCGAGAAACCAUGUCUAUAGAGUUAGUUACCGAUGAAACAAUGUCAUUUCAAUACAAAAAUAAUCCAACAAGAAUUCUUGAAGCAUUCGAUGAAGAUGCUUGCUACAUUCAGGCAAUGGCUUCAGAGGGCACACAUCAAAUCAACACACAAGGAGCGAGGAAACAAUCGUUCAUGUUGAAUAUUUCUGAUGUAUGUGUUUGUAAUGAUGGGGCUGUGUAUUUUACUGACAAUGAGAACGAGGCCAUCUGCCGUCUAUCAACGUCGGGGUCCGUUUCUAAAGUCUUUAACACGUAUCCACAAAUACCACUUGGAAUAUGUCAGUCAAUAACGGGUGAUCUGCUAGUCACACAGAUUCCCUCUGCGAUAAAACGUAUUUCCAGACCAUACUGUUCUUGUGAACGUUAUUACUGUUAUUGUUUUCCUCCAUUGUUGCAGCUGACGUUGACAGGCGAGGUGAUACACAACUACAAGUUUCAAGAUCACAAACAACCAAUCACUUACCUACGGCGAGUCAUGCAAAAUGGUAACCAUGAUAUCUGUGUUGUAAACUGGACAGCUUCCACUGCGGCUUUGGCGGAACGCAGCAAGCGCUAA